CUGUUUCAAUGCCAAAACAUCAAAACAUUCUGAUGUAGAAUUCAUUUUAAUUAUAUUUUAUGACCAUUUCCACUUUUAAUAAGUUAAUAAUUAAAUAAAAUUAAAAGAAAUGGAAGAAUUUGAAGAAAGAGUACAAAAAGAUGAAGAGGAAUUUGAAGUAGCAGAAGUGAAAAUCAACUUACAAACUGGUGGAUUCAUAGCAGGUAGAUUUUGGGGUGAUAAAUCAGUUCAGCCAUUUGUAUGCAUUCAUGGCUGGCAAGACAAUGCAGGAACAUUCGAUAGACUAAUUCCAUUAUUACCAAAACAAUAUUCAUACUUAGCAAUUGACCUCCCAGGUCAUGGAAAAAGCUCAUGGCUACCAAAUGGAGUUGCUUAUCAUAAUUUUGACUUCAUUAGUGUCCUAAUACUCCUUAUGAAGGAAUAUAAGUGGGACAAGAUCAGCAUAAUUGGACACAGUUUGGGUGGCUACAUUGCAUUCUUUUUUGCUGCCAUAUUCCCUAAUAAAGUUGAUAAAAUAAUCAGCAUCGAUGCUUUAAAACCAAGUGUAUAUACAUCCAACAGAUUAGUCUAUGCACUUCAACAGACAAUCGAAAAUUUUCCAAUUGCUGACCAAAGAAAUGUUGAUGGAGAUGUUAUUGAAUAUACUUAUGAUGAGAUGAUUGAAAAAAUCUACAAUGCAUUUCUGAACAGCGUGUCCAAAGAAGCUGCUCCAUAUGUUUUAAGACGAGGUGCACUUCCUUCAAAAAAGCAACCGGGAAAAUAUUAUUUUUCAAGAGACGGCAGACUGAGGUACAAUUUUGGAUUCUACUUAGGCCACUCAAUGUACAUUGAACUAGCGACACAAAUUAAAUUGCCAUAUCUUAUCCUUAAAGCUGCUAAAUUUCCAAUAACCGAAGAUCAUGAAUAUUUCAAUGAAACUUUAAGUGCAAUGAAGACUAAUCCAAAUUUUGAGUAUCAUGAAAUUGACACUUUUUCACAUCACUUGCAUUUGACUGAACCGGAAAAAAUUGUUGGAAUUAUUGAGGAUUUUAUGGAGAAGUAUAAGAAAGUUGAGAGUCAUUUAUGAGGAAAAUUGGGACAAAAUUGUUUAAAAAUCUAAUUUCUUUAAAAUAAAGUAAAAUUAUUGGUCGUUCAAAAA